ACGUUGAAGGUUAUGUCACUUGUGUAACAUGGCGUCGAGCGAGAGUGGUGAUUUUCAUAAGUUGGAGUAUCGGAUUUACAAGUGCUCCAGCUAUUCUUCCUGUUACGUGCCCGAAAAUAUUAUCGUCGACAUACCGUCGGAUCAAUCCUCGCGUUGGUCCUCCGACAUCGACAAUCACCCGCAGUUUCUCAUCCUCAAGCUGCAGAGCCCCUCCGUCGUCAAGUGCAUCACCUUCGGCAAGUAUGAGAAGACCCACGUGUGUAAUAUAAAGAAGUUCAAGAUAUUCGGCGGACUGGAGCCCGAGAAUAUGAUGGAGCUCCUCGAAAGCGGACUGAGGAAUGAUUCCAUACCAGAGACAUUUGAUCUCAAGCAUGUUUUAGGAAACGAAGGGAAUUACUUUCCCAUACGAUACAUAAAGGUUCUUCCAUUACAGUCGUGGGGUCCAAGUUUCAAUUUUUCCAUAUGGCACAUCAGAUUGACCGGCAUCAAUGACCCCAAAAUUGUCAAGCCCUGCCUCGAGUGGUUCAACACGUAUCGGCAGAAGGAGAUAAUAAGACUGUGCAUGAAACACUUCCGUCAAAUGGAGCAGCCCGAGAUCGUCGAGACGUUGCAGAGGGUCACCGGCGUCCCGCUGGAGGAUCCGCGCUUGUCGACGCUGUACGAUCUGUUGGUCACCAAGGGCGACCAUCUGCAAGCGGAGCGUUUCAUCAGCAACGCGCUCACGAUGGGGCUCUUAAACGAUUAUAUCAAUGCUCAAACUUAUAGAGCAAUUUGGACGAAGUUAUCGUCCAGCGAGCCCAAGCCCGGGAUGCGGGGCGGCCAUCAGAUGGUGCUCGAUCCCACGGCCGAGGUGCUCUAUCUCUUCGGCGGUUGGGACGGUAAUCAGGAUCUCUCUGACCUGUGGUCGUACGACAUAGAGGCCGGCAAGUGGACGCUCAUAUGCAAGGAUACCGAAGCGAUGGGAGGACCGAGCGCGCGUUCAUGUCACAAGAUGUGCUUAGAUCCACAGAGAAGGCAACUCUUCACGUUGGGCAGGUACUUGGACACGCAGUACCGUACCUGCGAGAAUUUAAAGAGCGACUUUUACGUUUACGACAUCGAGUCGAACAAAUGGACGCAAAUCUCGGAGGACACCGGUACGAUGGGCGGGCCGCCGCUUGUGUUCGACCAUCAGAUGUCGAUGGACGUGGAGAAGCGAACCAUCUACGUUUUUGGCGGACGAGUGCUGACGCAGCCGAGUAGUGCCGACGAACACAGUUUAAUACCGGAGCCGCACUUCUCGGGAUUGUACUCGUAUCACGUGCCGACCGGCACUUGGAUCAGACUCGCCUGUGAUAUCGCCGAUAAACCGUGCUCGAGAGACAUGCCGAUCUACAGAUCUCGCGCCGGCCACUCCAUGCUGUUUCAUCCGCGGUCGAGAAAACUGUACAUAUUCGCCGGUCAGAGAGGCAAGGAAUAUCUGAGCGAUUUCUUCACGUACGAGGUCGACACGCAGCAGGUCGAAUAUAUAAGUUACAACGAGUUCGGCACGACGAAGGACUCCAAUCACGUUCCUGCGGCUGGAUUCACGCAGAGAGCGACCAUCGAUCCUGAACUCGGCGAGAUCUACGUUUUGUCGGGUUUGAGCAAGGAUAAGGAUAAGAGGGACGACAACGUUCAAAAUUCCUUUUGGGUGUACAAUAUUCAGAACAGCAAGUGGUCUUGUAUAUAUCGUAACGAGAACGUCGGAGAAAAAUACUGGAGCAAGAUGCAAGAUUAUGAACCGUGCCCGCGAUUCGCGCACCAGCUUGUUUACGACCACACCAGAAAGGUUCAUUUUCUGUUCGGCGGCAAUCCAGGCAGAUCCUGCCUUCCGAAUUUGCGGCUCGACGACUUUUGGCAACUGGAACUGCGCCGACCCACGGCCGAGCAGAUUUUGAAGAGGUGCAAGCUGAUCAUCAGGAAGCACAAGUUCAGGGAGCUCGCCCUGAGCAACAGUAUAGAGGCCCUCGAGUAUCUGCAGACGAAGAUCUUUGAGAUUAUCGACCACAGCGACACGCAGCAAACUAAGGAGUUCCAACUCCUGACGUCGAUCCUGUUCCGGAAGCAGAACAACUCGCCGGAGGACGCCUCGCAUUCGAACGCGGCCCUGAACGAGCUGACGGCGGCGCAGCAGCAGUGCGCGAACGCGCGCGACGUUCACAACCUGCGUACCGAGCUCUACAACAAGCUCGCGGAAUUCUUCCCGGAAUCGUUGACGCAGCCGCGGGCGAAUCUGAUCGAUCUCCUGCCGUUAUAAUGACACACAUAUACACACACACACAGCGAGAGCGGUGAGAGAUUCUCGACGGCGAAACGUUCUCUGUUCGCACCACGUGUGAAAAUUUCCGAUUCUUUCAACAGUAAUGCCCUCGUUACUCGACUCGAAGCAAAGCAAUCCUCAUUUUUUGUACUUACGACGAGCCCCGCUGCCGCCCCGUUUGUGGUGUGAUUUAUUUUUCUACUUUCGAAUUUCGAUACGUUGUGGCUAAUCACGGGAGGGGAGGGGGGGGGGGUGGAGAAUGAGGCAAGAAUUUGUCACAGUACUUAUACACUUCGGGUUCAACAUGUUUAACGGAACUGCCUCUCGCAAUUCUAUUUAUUUCGCCUUGUAAUACGUCUUGCUUGUCAGAGUUUCUUCUUCAUUCUCUUGUUUUUUUUUAAUGAACCGUAAUGCAGUUCGAGGACGAAGCACACUCUAAUGUGUCAUUUAUACUUAUACCUACACGACUUUGUUUGAGAUCAAAAACCCCUCGGAACUUUGUGAUAUCGAUAUAGCUUUCUAACGGACUGGUUAGCUGAUAUACGUAAGUAAGCUAGAGAUCGGUUUUUAUAUGUAAUCUCUUCUGUAUUCUAUAGAUAUGUGUUUAUAUAACGUGGCCAUAAAGUUGUUGUUGUUAUUAUGUUUGCCGAAAAAUAAUAUAUAUUUGUCGAAUAUGAAGUGAAAGGGGGAGAUAAAGCUAAAGAGAGAGAGAGAGAGAGAGAGAGACGAUAGCGCACUUGAGAAAGCUCCUGUAACUUUAAAGCGUCGCGAUUUAGCGCUUGCAAGAUAUUUCAUGCAACUUGACACACCGCCCCAUCGCGCUGCUUUCUACCAAGAGUGAGCCAAGAAAUUAUUAUGCAGUUUUUUCGCCUAACGCUACGAAUUAUAGCUCUUAAUGUGAAGUCGAGCGAAACAAAAGUGAUUUUCUGGCUUACAGAGGGACGUAGCGAGACAGAAUGUAUUAUGGUCAACUGCAUAUAAAGUUUCCUUCUUUAAUCACUUGUAAUAUUAAAUUAUAAUUAAUUGUUAUUAAAUUAUAAUUAAUCAGAACCAAUUGUUACGUAAUGCAAUUAAUUAGUGAUUUCGAAUUAUUAGUUAAUUAAGCAAGGGAAUUUCGUUGUUUAAAAGUAUCGCGAUUAAAUAUAGAAAUUUUAUUGUACCGACCAUAAUGUUCCUUCCAACUGAAUAAUUGCUUCCUUAUCUAGUGUGUAUCUGCCCCGCGGUUGUCACGAGACACGGGGAUAUAAAUAUUUAGUCGAGUUGGAUGAAAUAUCCGGUAAACGUCGAUCCGUUUUCUCUUGUAAAAUGAUCUGUUUCUUAGGUAAUAUAGCAGCUUCGAAGCCCGCGUUCUUUUAUUCAUAAUCUAAGAAUAAGUUGAUUCACCGGAAAUGCCUUCUAACGACGAGAUAAUGAAAUCUGAAAGUGUUAUUGUAUUAUGUGCAUAUAUAUACGUCGACACGAGUCAGCAGCUCGACUCACAUCCUCGACUUUUCGACCCAAACGGCUUUCAGGCUCCUCUCCUCGAACGAUCGUGCGCACCGAGUUACCCGUUACGCAUCGAGUAAAUUUCAGGAACUUGGAUAUAAGUUUUCGUUUUUUAGCAUGUAAAUAUACUCCCCGCGACGACGAGUCACGAUACUCUACUUCCGUGUAAUCGUAAUCGUCGGAUGCGUCGCAUCUCUUAUCGCUCGUCGGCCGAGAUGCGUCUUGUACAUACGUAAGCUGCCUCUCGCGAGCUUUAAAAAAAAAAGAAAAAAACGUAACCGAGGAAACCGGAGGCGCAUGCGAGAACGAUGCGAUUAUAUAUGUAUAUUAUGAGAUGUAGAAGCAGAAAAAAAACUGUAUAGCCGCUAUGAUAAGAAUAUCCGACCGCGCCAUUAUAUCUUUGUACAUACACGAUGUAAGGAACCGUCGAGACGAUUUUUAUAAUGUGAUUCCAGUUACGCUAAGUUAGAUAACGGAAUUGUAUAAAAAAAAACGAACGGAGAGUAUAUGUAGAAAAAAAAGAUAUAUGAGUAGACGACACAGUGUACGCAGGCAUGAAAAAAACGACGCCGCCGCCGCCGUCGCCAUUCCUCUAAAUAUACAUAAUGUACGACAUAUAUUAAGAUGUCUCGAAGCUGGAAGGAAUCCACCAUGGUAUCGCUUGUACGCACGACAUAUAUGUAUAUAUACGGGGGACACAUGCGCGAAAUUCUUCGAGCUUCGGGACUUCGAGCGAAGCGAGAGAGAAAAACGUCGAUAUAUACAUACAUCCGAAGUUCUAGUCAGAUAAUAAAUGUUUACAAAGUACACGACAGAGAGAGAGAGAGAGAGAGAAAAGGACUACGUUUGGAAUUUAUUUACACACGCACAGUUCGGUUAAAGAAUGAGAAAUUUA